AUGCGCGCCCUAUUCCUGCCCCCGUGCAUGUCUGCCGGGAAGACAAAUAGCAGACACCACAAGGCACCAUUGAUACCCCUACGAAAGUGCCAGUUCACCAUUUCCUCUGUUAAGCUAAACAAUGGAGAUAGCAAACUUCUGGAAUGCAAAGAAAUAAACGAUCAAAAUUAUGACGCUCUAAUAAAAAAGAGGAAAACAUUUCUACUAUAUGGAUAUGCCCAUUACUCAAAUAGGUGUUUCACACAUUUUGAUAAAUUAGCAUCCUUAAGUAAGGAUUUCAUACGAAUCAUGGAAGUUGAAAAGUUGCCCCUAUACAAGCUAAACGUAAGUAUGAAUAAUUUCCUCGUUCGUAAGUUUCACAUUAAAUCGGUACCCACAAUUCAGUUAAGACAUAAGAAUAAGCUAGUAGAUGAAUUGGUAGGAAAUGAAUUAAAUGAACAAACAAAUGUGGACAAGCUGAUAAGAAGGUGUGGUACUUACUUUAACUCCAUUCGAGAGGUAGACAAUAUGAUCGAUUUUCUGGCCAGGGAAGAAGAGCUUCCAAAUAGUGGUUACGAUGAGUUAUUGGAAAGGGAAGAAUUUCUUCAUGGGAUGUGCCCAUCCAUAGCAAGAACAGAUGGUGAAGACAACAUAGAUAUAACCACUCACCAAAAUGAGAAAAACAACUUUGCAUUAGAAAUGAAAGAAAAACUUUUCCAAAAAGAUACGCUAAACGAUUUACUCCUACAAUAUCAGUGCACCACCUACGUCCUUUUUAAAAAACUGGAGCUCUUACUCAAUAGAAAAAAAAAAAAUACGCACCAUAUAAAACUUAUCUUGAAUGAAAUAAUUGUGAACCACAGUUCCUACUUAGACAUAAAUGAGCGCUACAGUAAGUUAAUGGCCAAAGCAUUUCUUCUUCUUUUCGAUGAGGAAAAAUUGGCAAUCGAGAAUUUGUUGGACCUAAAAAAUUAUUUGGAAGGAACAGAGGCAGACUCUUCUAUGCAUGCUCAACUUAUCCAGUCCAUUCAUUUCAACGAACCGAUUAUCACUUUCGACGAUUUCAAAAAUAUUCACUUGAGACAUCUUAACCAAGUGGACGAAUUUUUAUCCAACGAGUUGGAAGAGGAAGCUCCGUCAGAAAUGAUAAGCUCCACGGAAAAUCACCAUUCAGGCGAAAAAGCAGGGGAAGUACAAAAUGGUAAAUUAAAAAGUGCCCCUAAAAAUAAUGAAAAGACGAGAUACCUCAGCCGUGUGUGCAGAAUCCUGGCCAUAAAAUAUAUGCAGAAAGAACAGUACGAUGAUGCCUUCCACCACGCUCUACAAUCUUACACAUUAACAUUUCCCUUAAAUAAUGUGGAUACAUCUAAGUCGAAAGUUCUGAUUGAAAAUUUAAUCCUAUACCUAGGGGCAUACAAUCCGAGCGUCAUUAAAUUUUUGAGCGAUCUGCAAUUGCUCUUUACGGACAAAAUCUUUAAGGUGGUUCGAUUUCCCCACACGAGGGCAAUUAAAGGUGGAAGGCCAAUGAUGAAAAGGGGGAAAUCUGGGAAGUGGCUGUGGCUAAGUCAGGACUGGAAACCUCGGUGGUUGAAGAAAAAGGCAAAGUUGAUUUUGGAGGAGGAGUGGAGAUGCGUCCCUGAUAAGAACGUCCCCUUCUGGAAUUAG